AUGGUUUCGAUGAGCACCACGCCGAAGCCGCUCGACUCCGCCGCCGUCAGCGCCGCCGUCACCGGCGGAGGCGGGGACGAGAGUGGUGGAGGAGGAGGAGGAGGCGGCGGCGGCGGCGGGAAGAAGCAGGUGCGCGGGGCGGCUGCGGCGGCGGUGAUGGCGCCGCCGCCGAUGGCGGUCCCCGUCCCGGUCCCGGCCGCGGCGCCCGCGGCGGGGGAGGAGGUCCGGAAGGUCAGGAAGCCGUACACCAUCACCAAGUUGCGGGAGAGCUGGACGGAGCCGGAGCACGAUAAGUUCCUCGAGGCCCUGCAGCUUUUUGAUCGUGAUUGGAAGAAAAUCGAAGCAUAUGUUGGUUCGAAGACUGUUAUACAGAUAAGGAGCCAUGCACAGAAGUACUUCUUGAAGGUUCAGAAGAAUGGUAUAGGCGAGCAUCUGCCCCCACCCAGGCCAAAACGAAAAGCAGCUCAUCCAUAUCCACAGAAGGCAUCUAAACAUGAUCCUGCAGUUUCUCAAGCUAUUUUAUCACAACAACAACCUACCCAGAGGGAGCAAGGUUCUGUCAUGCCUAUGGAUACUGGUACUGUGAGAAACACAAAUGCAAAUGUGGCAGUGCCUUCCUGGGACAAUACUCUUGCUCAACCUUUUAGUGCUGGUCAUGUUCAAGGUGCUGUUGCAACAAAUAACUGUUCAAGUAGCAUAGAGAGUCCAUCUGGUACUUGGCCAUCUUCUGAAGCAGUUGAGCAAGAAAAUGUGGUUCCACCACUCCGUGCCAUGCCAGAUUUUGCCCGAGUAUACAGCUUCCUAGGAAGCAUAUUUGAUCCUGAUACAAGUGGGCAUUUGCAGAGGUUAAAAGCGAUGGAUCCAAUUGAUAUUGAAACGGUACUACUACUUAUGAGAAAUCUUUCAACGAACCUUAGGAGUCCUGACUUUGAGCAACAUCGGAGGUUGCUAGCAUCAUAUAGCUAUGGUGGUGGGGACCAUGUUAAAUCUGAAGGCAUGGAAAAUCAUGAAUCUCCUCAGAGUGGCCAUCUUCCAUUCCUGUAA